AUGGUAACCCACCGCACCACCGGCCUCCCCCCCCUCCUCCCCGCCCACCUCACACGCCCCGACCCCGCCGGGCUCCCCGCGCCCCGCCCCACAACCGGCACGCGCACACCCACCGCCCCCACCGACACCAACCUCCUGCGCGCGCGGGCCGUCGACAUCGCCAUCCCGCGGCCGCCGCCCCCGCCGCCGCCGCCCGCGCGCCGGACGGGGUGGUGGGGGCGCGUGGUGCGCGUCUUGCGCUGGCUGCGCCUGUAUAAGAGGGGCGCGUAUGGUGGGGACUGCGCGCUGCAGUGGUGGAGGGGGCUGCAUAGGAGGGAGGUGGCGGCGAGGGGCCCGCUGAGGAUGGCGUGCUGGAGGAUUCUGCAGGGGGGGGGAUAG